AUGACUAAGUUGACAAGAAAGGAAACGCCUUUUGGGUGGACAUCGGAGUGUGAAGAGAGUUUUCAGACUUUGAAGCAGAAGUUAACUUCAGCACCUGUUUCAGUAUUGUUGGAACCGCAUGAAUUGUCGAAGGGUAUGAGGAGGUGGAUGGAGUUGCUUAAGGACUACGAUUCUGAAAUGAGCUAUCACCGUGGAAAGGCGAAGGUGGUCGCAGAUGCUUUGAGUCGAAGAUGCCGGAAGAGCUUGUUUGAGCCAGUUACGGAUUUCAAUGCACGUUUAAGAUGGAGAAUUCAGAAGGCUCAGCAAGAUGAGCGGAAGCUUCAGGAAUUGUUCCAACCAGUUGGUGAUAAGAGGUGUGAGCAUUUCACUAAGGAUGGUGAAGGAUUGUGGAGAUAUAAGGGGAGAAUUUGUAUACCGGAUGUCGGGAGUGGUAUCCAAGUGUGCGCCUGUCAGAAGGCGAAGAUAGAGCAUCAGAAGCAGUCAGAAAUGAUUCAGCCUCUUGAGAUUCCUCAGUGGAAGUGGGAAGGAAUCGCGACGGACUUUGUGACCGGUUUGUUGAAGACUAGGUUGGGAGUUGAUGCGGUUUGGGUGAUCAUGGUUCGCUUAGACAAAUCCGCUCAUUUUCUGCCUAUCCGAGUGAACUAUUCUCUGGAGGAGUUGGAUAUUACAUCGCGUGAUCCAGAUUUUUGA